GUUUAGGUAUACUUAUAUGGAACUUUGUGAUUUUAGUAGGUACCUGAGAUCACUAUUAUGUGUUGGUUCAAGAAAACAGACAUCGUAAAACUUACAUUAUUUUUGUCCGUAUUUUUAGCGGUGGUUAGCAUUGUCUUUUCCUGGCAGGCUGUGGUGCCUAAAGAUCCAGAUGAACCAGGUCAUUGUUACUAUGAAGAAACAGGCCCUAUGAAAAAAGGAGAAGUAAAAGAUAUCGAAAAUGCAUGCACUGAGGCGUAUUGUGAUGUUGAUGGAACCAUGUUGUUAACAUCAUGCGGAGUCGCAAUGGUAAAUGACAAGCGAGUGGAGCCAGACUUUUCCAAACCCUAUCCGGAAUGUUGUAACUAUCCUUGGACGAAGCAAGAUCACUCGGACUCGGACUCGGACACGGACCCGGACUCGGAAGAAUAUAAGUAAUUUUAUAAAUAUCUAAAUAUUCAAUAAAAAUUCUGAAUUAUA